AUGAACCUCAACGACGCAGAGAUAUGUGAUUUCGUCACAUACUGGUGUCCGAAGCUUUGUGGAUACAAAUAUGUCAAAGUAUGCUUCCAGUUCGAAAACUUCGACGAGAUGUGUCCAAUGAACGUCGAACCGAAACCAGACAACAUCAACAAAGUCUUCUUCGCAGCUCUCCCUCUAGAGAGUCCAUGCGACAUCGAACCACAAGAACUUCCAAUAUUCAAUCGUGAUGGCUUCACAGUCAUUGAAUGGGGUGGAACUAUUGUUACAUCUGAAAAACUCUAA